AUGGGGCCCCUGAGAGAAACAUUCCCCCGUGCCCGAGGCCCUGAGCCUCAUCCCGUCUUAGACGUUGCGUCCACGGAGCGGGUGCCCAGACGCCGGGAACGCCUCAGCCUCGAAGCGGCCAGCACAGCAGCCCACUCCAAAGUCUCCCAGCCUCGGUCUUACACACCCAACUACCGGCCAGGCCACGAGCACUCGACGAAACCCCACGACGACAAUCCCACGGCCGCAGCUCGCGACGCAGCAGCGCAUGGCUACAACGCAGACCGCGGACUAGCAUCCACCAUGUUUCAGAGGUUCAAGAGCGCAAUCGACCGGACCAUCGCCGAGGAGCAGGCCCGCCAGAAGGCCGCCUCCGAUCAGCCCACGCCCUCCGGCACCCGUCCUCGCUCCGUCUCCCGCACCAACAGCGCCAAGGACUCGCCCGCGAAGCGCAGACCGAAGAAGCCCGCCCAGGACGUUUCCAAUGGCGACGGCCUGCCCAAUCCGGACCCUGCCGUCUUCGAGGCCGCCUUUGCUCUAGACGAGGAGGAGGCCGAGGCCAAGGAGACCGACGAGAAGCCUGCUGUUGCCCAGGACGAUGCGACAACGGCCGAGAAAGCCGAUGGGCUUGCAACAGACGGCGCCGAGUCCAAUGGCGACCGCGUCGACAAGCCAGCCAAAUCACCAGAAGCAGCUGAGCCGGCCGCCAGCGCGGCGCAACCUGUCCCCUCGGCUGAACUGCCCGCCGAAGUCAAGGCCAAACUGCGGAAACUGGACAAGCUCGAAAAGACAUAUCCCGAGCUGUUGCGCUCGUAUCGUAUCGCCCAUGGACGAGCCACCUCGAUCGAGCCCUUCGAAAGGGCGUUGCGCGAGAACACGCCGCUCACAUCCAUCAAGGAUCCUGCCGCCCUGUUAGAGUACCUCAACCAGUUGAAUCUGAAGGGCGACAUGGUCAUGGACGAGUUCAAGCGUGUCUCGGCCGAGAAGGAGAGCUUCAAGAAGAAAUACGAAGACGCCGACAAGGAGCUUGUGCAGCUCAGAGACGAGCUUGCGACACUCAAGGCUGCCAGGUCAGAAGCAUCGCCGUCGCAGGUCGCCGGCGCCGGCGAAACCAAGGCAGAAGACGAGCCCAAAGAGCCCGCUUCACCAUCUGCCGCCCAGCCUGCGGACGGCAAGACAAAGUCCCCCGAUGCCGGCAAGGAUGAAAGCGAGGAUAUGUUCUCGUACGAGGAUGAGAUUCCUCAGCUGCAGGCCGAGGUUGCUUCCAAGACCGAAGAGAUUGCCCAGCUCAAGUCGGAAAUCGGUAACCUGAAGGAGGAGCUCUCUGUGGCCAAGGAACACAGUGCUGGCUUGGUCGAGAAUCUCGAGGUUGCCACCCGUGAGCUCAGCGAAGUUCGAGACAAGUCCGCCGUCCAAGGCUCUCUACAGACCCAACUUGAUGCCAGGAAUACCGAGAUCCAGACGCUCACCGAGAAGAUCGAGCAACUGACAAGUCAACUGCGAGACGUGGAAAGUAGCCUGGAGAAAGAAAGGACCACCUCGGCCGAGACUACGAAGCAGAACAAAUCCGCCAUCAAGGCUGCCGAGGACGAGAAGGCUGAGCAGCAGUCCAAGUUCAAGGAGCUAGCCCAAGCGAAAUCAAAUCUCGAGACUAAGAUCGUGGGGCUGACGUCGGAGAUUGAAUCCCUGAAGAAGUCCAAGACGGAGAGCCUGGAGAAGAUAGAGCAGCUCAACAAGCAGAUCCAGGAUGCGCCUCCUCCUAGCCCGGCUACCACUGCUGCCCCGUCCGAGUCCUUGGAGGUCCCGCCGACCCCUUCAACCACUGGUGCGAGCAAAAAGAAGAACAACAAGAAAAAGAAGAAGGGCGGCGCUUCCUCGGCCGCGGGCGCUUCUACACCUACUGCUGCCUCCGAGCAACCACCGCCCUCACCUGCUGAACCCCCUGAAACUGCCUCGCUGCGAGAGGAGCUCACCAAAUUAAAGGAUGAGAUCUCUCAGAAGGACACACAAAUCGACCGACUCUCGAAGCAGCGGAAGACGGAAGAGGAUCUUCGUGAGGAGAUCGAAACUAUCCAGGAGACUCUGCUCUCUAUCGGCCACGACCAUACUGAUGCAAAGGAUAAGAUCAAGCAACUCGAGUCAGAGAGGGCGUCGCUCAAGGAACGUAUUGCUGAGUUGGAAGCUGAGGUUGCGUCCUUCACGUCGAAUACAGAGGCGAGUUCCAAGCUGCAAUCCGAGUUGGACACCAUGAAGAGCGAGUUCGAUGCCUUGAAGGCCAAGUCACAAACCUUGACAUCGGAUCUAGGGGCAGCUCAACAGCUGGCUCAGUCGCGGUAUAAGGAUCUUACUGACCUUCGCGAGGUUCUGUCCAAGGCGCAACCAGAGCUGAAAUCGUUGCGACAGGACUCGGCAGCAUUAAAGACAACCAGGGAAGAAUUGGCGACCAAACAGACAGAAAUCAGAAACCUCGAGAAGCGGGAGAAGGAGCUCAAGAUGGAAGUCGCCCGUGUCCAACGCAUUGCGGCCGACAGAGAAGGUGACAUUCGAAACCUGAACGAUAGGAUCGCAGCCGAGGGCAAGACUCGUGCUAAGCUCGAAGAUGAAAAGAGAGUGGCCGGCAGGGAUUUCAGGCGUUCCGAGGCCGAGAAGAUCGAGCUCUCUGCCAAGGCCGAAAAGGCAGCCCGAGAGCUUGAGUCGUUACAGUCCGAACUUGCGGGUGUCAAGCCCAAGAUCAAAACCCUGGAAGAUCAAGUCGAGGCGCUGCAGCGAGAACGGGAUUCUUUGAAGGAAGAGGCCGACCUCAAGACGGCUCAGUACAAUUCGGCACAGGGCUUGAUGGGCUCAAUGCGUGACCAGACCGCCGAGCUGAGCGUACAGCUGAAGGAAGCCAGGGGCCAGGCGGAAUCGCUCGAAGAGGAACUUGCUGAGGUUCAGAAGCAUCUGCAGGAGAGAACGCGCGAGGGCGAGACGAUGCGCCGCAUGGUCAACGAAGUCGACUCGCGCGCCGAUGCCAAGGUCCGCGAGAUGCGGGCGCGCCUGGACGCGGCCGUCGAGGAACGCGACCGCAUCGAGGACGAGGCCAGCACCUUGGGCCGCCGCAGGGCUCGUGAGAGCGAGGACCUCAAGGCCAAGGUGCGCGAGCUCGAGCGCGAUGUCAAGACGCUAGGCUCCGAGAAGGACGACCUGGAGGCCAGGGAGCGCGAGUGGAGAAGAAGAAGGGAAGAGCUCGAGCAGGUCGAGCAGAAGGCCAACGCCGAGGUCGAGGACAUGCGGACUGCCGUCGCGAACUUGAGGUCCGCGCUCGACAGCUCCGAGGUCCAGGUCCGGGAAGCCGAGAAGCAGAAGGGGGAUCUACGGAAGUUGCUCGACGAGGCCAGGUCUCGCUAUGAGAAACUCAACAAGGAGCUCAGGACGGCACAGGGCAGACUCGCCGGUGGCAGUGCUUCGAAUCUCGCGGGCAGUGGCCGUAGCAGCAUCGAUAGCUCGAGAUCUGGCACGCCCAUCAACGGUGGUGCCGCAGCCCCCGCCGGUCAGCCGGCCGUGGACACCAUGUAUCUCAAGACAAUCCUGCUGCAGUUCUUGGAGGUUAAGGAUGAGAAGGUCAGGUCACAGCUGGUUCCGGUACUGGGGAAGCUGCUGAGAUUCGAUCGGAGUGAUGAACAGAAGUGGAUAAACGCUGUCCACAGCCUGGCGAAAUCGGGGAGAUAG